GAUGUAGCAUCCAGGAGCUUAUGUGUUAUCGCAAUCCCUCGAUACUCGUUCUUCACCGUUCCUGAUCAUUGUUGGUGCGAACUGACGGAAAACAGAAUAAUCAUUGUCCAUAGUGUUAUGUUAUAUAGAUCGUGCACUCCUAGAAUAGUUGUUUUGUCUGUCAUCUAGAGCUCUGCAUCAAUGGCUGAACAAGCAAUUUCAGUUCUAGCCGCUGGUGCUGCUGUAAUACUCCUCUAUUUUCAUUUGUUUUUUCUUUCAGACUGUACUUUAUACAAAAAGUAAUUCAAUAAGUUUGUGGUUUACUACAAGAAAGGGUCAUUUGGGUUCUUUGCUUCCCAGUUGAGACACUAUUCAAUUGUAUUCGUUUAGGUUUCUUGGGGACUACGUUCUUUGUUUCUUGUUUUGGGCUUCCAGGAGUUGAUUCUGUACAGGCACCAACUUGAUGAUAGGACCGUUAUAUAUACAUACAUAUACAGCAUGAUCCUUCAAGGAAAGUGUUCUUUAUCCUGAUGAGAAAUGGAUUACGCCGAGCUCUUCGAGAAAGCUGUGGUCGUUUCGUUCUCAGUUUCUUUGUUCUGGAAGAUCAUCAGACAUAUGUGGAGUUCCAUGGAUGCGGAGAAGGAGCCAGUGAAAGUGCUGGUCACCGGCGCUGCAGGACAAAUCGGCUAUGCCCUCAUGCCUAUGAUUGCUAGGGGAGUCAUGUUAGGACCCGAUCAGCCUGUGAUUAUUCACAUGCUCGACAUCGAACAAUGUGCUGAGGCCUUGGAUGGCGUGAAGAUGGAGCUGAUUGACGGCGCCUUUCCUCUGCUCAGAGGUGUCGUGGCCACUACAGAUGUCGUCGAAGCUUGCAGAGACGUAAAUAUAGCUGUUAUGCUGGGCGGCAUACCGCGCAAAGAAGGCAUGGAGAGGAAGGAUGUCAUGUCUAGGAACGUCUUGAUUUACAAGGCUCAGGCUGCGGCCUUGGAGCAGCAUGCCGCUGCCGAUUGCAAGGUUCUAGUGGUUGCCAACCCUGCAAACACGAACGCGCUGAUCCUGAAAGAGUUUGCUCCUUCGAUCACCGAUAAGAAUAUCACGUGCCUCACGAGACUCGACCACAACAGAGCGCUAGGCCAAAUCGCCGAAAAGCUGAAGGUGCACGUGAGCGAUGUGAAGAACAUCGUCGUCUGGGGAAACCACUCAUCGACUCAAUAUCCAGACGCUGAUCACGCCAGCGUCGCCACCAGCAGUGGCGAGAGAUCUGUCAGAGAUCUUAUUGCCGACGAUAAAUGGUUGAAUACGGAGUUCAUCACUACCAUUCAACAGCGCGGCGCUGCGAUCAUCAAGGCUCGGAAGCUUUCGAGCGCCCUAUCUGCUGCGAGCGCCGUGUGUGACCAUAUACGUGAUUGGGUGCUCGGCACACCAAAGGGAACAUGGGUCUCCAUGGGAGUCUGCUCGGAUGGUUCGUAUGGAAUCCAACCAGGCCUUAUCUACUCUUUCCCCGUUACAUGUCAGCACGGCGAAUGGUCGAUCGUUCAAGGGCUUCAGAUUGAUGAGUUCUCGAGGGCAAAGAUGGAUUCCACAGCAAAUGAGCUUAUAGAGGAGAAGUCGCUGGCCUACUCGUGUCUCGGCUGAUUCCGCCUUCUUUCUAGAGCGCGACGUAGAGCGGCCAUCUUAUGUUCUAUGGUUCAGCUGCUUUGUACCAUGAUUAGCCAUGCCAAACUCCCCUUCGUUGCAGGCUUCACUCAAAUUAGCACGUUAAUUACUUUCUAAUUAAAGUUGCCGCUAUUCUAUGAUCUUUGUUACAUGAACAACUGAUCUUUGUUUCUCGUUCUACAUCUACCGAUUGUUAGAUCGAUCGAACGAACUGAAGAAUAAGACUGUCAUUCAUGCACAAAAUAAUUGCAAGUGCGACCUCCGAGAUCGCAAAAGGCGAAACCUAGCUGCGAACCACAAAUGAGAGAGAGAGAGAGAGAGAGAGAGAGAACAUGUUUAGUUAAACUUAUUACAUAAGAUCACAAAUGAAAGCCACACAAACACCCUAUUGAUCAUAAAAAUGCAGAUCUUGCAAAACACACUACUUUUGCCAUCCGCAGUUCUCUGUCUAAGACGCUCAAAAACACAAGCUAGGACACUACCCAAAUAACACCCUUUCUGACUAAGAGAGGACUAAGAAAGAUACAAAUCACAUAAA